AUGGCGAAAUUCACCAUCCUCGCACUUGUCCUCUUUGCAGUGUAUGUUUCUCUAGCUCCUUCAAGUGAGGAAUUGAUAAAGAAUGCAAACCGUGAUCCAAUUCCUGCACGGUUUGAUAACUGGUACUCUGUGAAUUCACUUUCCUAUUGGUUAGAGUAUGAGCUGUCUUCUCCAUCCAAUACCAAAUUGUCAUUUACAUUCAAUGAAGCUAACAUGAGUGAACCAUUUCCAGAUUUUAACUUGAAAACCAAUGAAUUGAAUGCAGCUCUCUAUCAACAUUUUCCUUUUCCGGAAAGCUCCAACAAUUUGACUAUGCUUGGUCUCUUCAAUGUUACAUUUUCUUCUUCUGAGAAGAGAGAUGAGAACGCCAUUACUUUUCUCAAUGUCUUCUUAUUUCGAGGGGGUAUUUUAAACACCUAUGCCAAUACUGUUCGCUAUUUCAUUUUCAAUGGCACUCACUUUGUGGAUCCACCAAACAAAAUUCUCUCCACAGGAUUGUCAGGUUUUGAGUGGAAUCAUUUCAAGUUGGAAAAUCAAAGUAUUAUCUUUGGUGUAUUCGGGUACCAAUUCAAACCUCAAUUCAACUUACAAAUUCUGGUUCCUGGACCAAGGGAUGAAGAAAUUACUCCAUACUUCUCUCUUAAUGAUUACACUCCAUCAGCCAAAAAUGAAAUGCCAUAUGGUUAUAUUGCCUUACGUUCGCUUCAAUAUAUUCAAUCCACCAAUCCAGCUCCAGUUUUAGGAAGACAACGAUGGUAUUUUAUGUUCAAUUCAAGUCAGGGUUUUACUGAUGUGAAUGGACAAGUGGUGUCCAUACAUACAUCUUCCUUAAAAUGUGCAUGUGCUAAAGACACGAAUUCAAGAUUAGCAACUAUGUGGUAUGCAUCAGUGUCAGACAACCAGUUGACUUGUGAAAAUAGUGGAAUUUGUAAUUAUUUUGCUGUGGUCGCAAAAUCAUCAGUUGCUCCUUCACCAUCUGUCAGUAGUGCUGUGGUCACUCCUUUAACGAUUGGGUCAACCAUUCAAGAUACCAUUCAUUCCAUUUCUCAGAAGAAGUAUUACAAAAUAGACAUGUUUCCUAAUACUAAGGUCAACAUUAAGGCUUCGUCAGCCGAAGGAAUUGGUAUAUUAUACAUUAAUGCUUAUUCCAUCCCUAAAGCAGACUCCUUUGAUGAGAAACUUGACUUGACAAGUGGCAGUUCUUCUGUGAUAGUCAACAAUUAUCUGUCGGAAGUGAAAGAAGUAUUUCUUCUCAUUGAACCAACAACGUCCUCUCUGAGUUUUUCCAUUUCCACAACUUCUCAAGAUAUUCAUUUUCAUGAACCGUUAGGGCCAGGAGCCAUUAUUGGAAUUGCUGUUGGGUCCUCCGUCUUUGCAAUGUGUAUGAAGGUUUUACUUGUCCUUGUUGCACUUGUGAUUGUUUACAAAGGACAGAAAAAACAUCGAGCACCUGAUAGUGUCUAUCAAGCAUUAACAAGAUAA